UUCACGGAGCGGCAUCUCGCUCGCCCCAGCUGCGCUUUUUCUAAGACGAGCUCUCUUUAAUCGUUGAUAUCGUGCAUCGUGUUCGAAUCUCGCAUCAGAGAUUUAUCCCCGUGAUACAACGUCGCGAAUUGCUGGCCCGUUUCGUGCUUCCUCGAUUCGAUUAACGCAGCUCCGUUCGAAAAGCGCGCUACUCGUUCGCGUGCGGCAGAGAGAACAAGUGCUCGAAAAAGAUCGAAUCUCUUAGCCGCCGCGAUUUCGCGCGUCGAUCACGAAACCAGUGAUACAUCCGGCACGGGAAACAUGUAAGAAGAAAUAGCGAUCGAAAGAGAGAAAAAAGAGGCAUCCUCUGGGAGCGGGUACGUCAGGCACAGCGAUCAGUUCAGAUAACGGGCUACGUUCGAUCUCGAUCUGUCGGCCUCGGGGAUCGGCUAUCGAUGCGAAUGCUCGAUCGAUAUCGACGCUCGUAAGAAUGCGUGGCUGAAACGGACCAGGGACAGACAGCCUUGUCUCUUUUCCUUUUUUUUCCAUCGAGCUCAAGCAACGAUCUAGAGGAGUCAACGAGUCAUCGAAUCUCGAGAAAAAUGCGGCCCCUCGUCACGACUUUCUUCCUCGUACCGUUUCUACUCGUCGCGUGGCAAAACGGCGCGCAGGCCAACUGGUGGUAUCUGGGUGUAGAGCCCCGGUUGAAUCCUGGAUCGGGUCAAGGAAGCAGUGUCGACGGACAGGCACAGAUCGUCGGCGCGGGUGUGAUCGGUCCGGCGAGCGCCGAAAAGAAUUGCAAGAGCGUGCACCUGACCAGCAAGCAGCAAGCGAUAUGCUCCCGCACACCACCCGUCCUGCAGGCAGUCAGUGCAGGCGCGAGAUUGGCCAUAGAGGAGUGUCAGCACCAGUUUAGAUCGGCCAGAUGGAAUUGCUCCAUCAACCCGGAAAAUCCGGACAACGUUUUCGGUGGCGUGAUGCUAGUCAACAGUCGCGAGGCAGCGUUCGUGUAUGCAAUAUCAGCGGCAGGGGUUGCUUACAGCGUCACGAGAGCCUGUUCCAGGGGCGAACUCACCGAUUGCUCGUGCGACAACCGGGUCAGAACACGCCGCCCGAAUAAUUGGCAAUGGGGUGGAUGCAGCGAGGAUAUACACUACGGAGAGAAGUUUUCGCGAGAAUGGUCCGACAGCGGAGAGGAGCCGGUGAAGGAGGGUGUUCUCCAAGGACCGAAAGGGCUGGCUGGCCAGCUGAUGAGGAAGCACGAUAGCGAAGCUGGCAGGCGCGCUGUCCGCUCUAGAAUGCAACGCGUGUGCAAGUGUCACGGUUUGUCCGGUUCGUGUAGCGUGCGUGUGUGUUGGAGAAGAUUACCUGCGUUCAGGGUGGCUGGUGCCGCUCUGGCCGCUUUGCACGAAGGAGCAGCUCUGGUACGACUGGCGCAACGCGGUGGAAGGAGACCAGCAAGACUGAGGCCUGCCCGCCCGGACCUUAAGCGACCAAAUAAAACGGACCUAGUUUAUCUCGAAGAUAGUCCUGACUACUGUGAAAAGGACAUCGCGCUCGGUAUACCCGGCACCAGAGGAAGGAUAUGCAACCGAACGUCCCUAGGCCUAGACGGAUGUCGACUGCUAUGCUGCGGCCGUGGUUACCAAACGAGAGUACGGGACGUGACGGAGAAUUGUAAUUGCCGUUUUGUCUGGUGUUGUAACGUGAAGUGCGAGCUCUGUCGGCACAAACGAGAAGAGCACGUGUGCAAUUAAACGGUGGAAUGGCAUUCCGGUCGGCCUACCGAAAGGUGCUUCACGACUCCGCUUCGUCGAGGCAUUAUCUCCGAUGACGAGGAUCCUCUUCGACACAUAUGGCCCCUCCUUCGAAUCGAUCAGGGUGGACCGUGUGCUUCUACCACGCCAUUCUUUUUGUUUAAGUUUUAUCCGAGGAAUCGGUCCGCGAGCCGUUAAAGCCGCGAGAGGCUACAAAGCGUGACAGGUUACGUUAGAGCGUUCUGUACCCGACAGUCAGAGCGUAAGUCCAUUCUUUCGGCAAGAAUACGUCUAGAGGAAAGUAUUGCUGAACUCUGCAGGGUGUUCUUUGAUCAACUCAGCUUGUUUUUAACAACGAGGGAUCUUAUCAGAAACCGAGAACCCUUUUUGAUGGUUCUAAAAAUUUAGAUCACCCUUAGGAAGACAGCUAACUAUACUAUUCCCGAGAAAAAUCGUGUAUCCAUUGGUCAUGGUAUAGCGAAUAGACGUCUAGCGAAAUUGCACGUGGAUUAUGCUAAUCUGACUCUCAGGUGCACCAUUAUUUAUGUAAAUGUUAACAUGUUGAGGCUCGACGGUGAUGACCAGAAUCGUGACGGGAGUUGGACUCGAUGAGGAGCGUGAUAGAGUUGAAGAGACAGUAAUAAGACACAGGAGGAUAAAAUCAGAUGUUCUUCGUCGGGACCUUUCGUCCGACGAGGAUAAAUCUCGCAUGAAUUUUUAAUGGGGUUGCCCUCCCUGAAGCUCUUAUUGCGGCUGAAACUCAAUAUGUUAAUAAUUUACGGUUCCCGCUGACGAGAAAAGGAACGAUAGCGACGAGGCGCGCGUGUGUUUCCGUAUGAACGAGUGUCCGGUUAAGCGAGCGAUUGAACACGAGCGAACGAUAACUAGAGUACUAACGUUAGGCGAGUUAAUAGGCCACUCGACGACCAUUCGUUCUUUCUUCUUUUCUAUUAUUUCCUGUUCGUGCUCGCGUAGUUGCGUAUGGACGCGAGACUCUUAUUUAUAUUCGAAGUAAAACAGAUCCUCCACGAUGUGUAGGUAUCUCAUUGUAUACCAAUGCUCUCUAGCGCGUAGAACCACCUUGUCUUCAUCUGAAACACGGACCAGCUGACGAUGUAGUGCGAAAGCAUUCGAACGCGAGUAUUUCAUAGUUUUAUGUUGCCACAAUCAGUGAAUACUAUAUUAGAACCUUCGAUAUUAGCGUUAGGUUACAUCGAUAGUGGAAGUAAUAUAGCAGCUAGGGCUAGUACGUUGAAGUAGCAAAAGGAGAGUGGUAAUUCCACAUUGAAAUCCUACUCCACUCGCUACCAUUUAUCUAAACUCACCGUGUCAAUGUACUAGCGCUAGCUGCUGUACCAUUUACUCUACCAAUAUAACCUGGAAGAUACAGUCUGCUAAAAAAUAGCUGCUCAAAAUCUUUUCCCUAUUACGAGUAACCUCUAUCUUCGCAAUAACACAGAGGGCGCUAUAUCAUCUGAAUGAAAUUAUCUUCAGACAGUCCUAAAAUCUCUCAUGAUGGAGCUGAUCCCUCGAGGACGAGUGUAUUUUCAGAAUCUUGUGACUACGGUCGCGAUCAUGUUCUGAACAAGACAGCACCGUAUAAAUAGUGGAAGAUUCACGAAACUCCUCUCUAAAGAAUCACUCCAGGGAGUUUUGAAAACCGCUUUACUUUAAUAAAAUUCGUGCGUUUUCCUCGAGUUUUUAUCCAACAAGCGUCCGGAUACUUUCGCGAAUCACUGUAUAAGACUCGCUGUGUCAGCCGUGUACCGGCGAACAAUGCGAGUUACGAGGAACGAGGCGGACUACGAAAGCGAGAGGUCUGAUUCUCGACGCGACAAUAGAAGAGAGGAGAGAGAAACGAGGAAAAGGAGGUCGUCGCUGAGCGAUACCAAGCGUAUCCGUCUCCGCUCUGGACAGUCCGCCUCGGAUCACUCGGUUCGGGAACAAUUCUGCCAAUGACUGUACAUACUGUCUUCUUACUGUUUUGUAGAUUUUACGUCCACGACUGUCGCGCUGUAUAUAGAUAAGUAUAUACACGUACACUCGGGUGCAACGUAGGCUUCCUGAAAGUAAAGAGAGAGGUCCCACCAGUUGACAGACAGUAGGGUUUGCAGUUUCUUUAGGUUCUUCCUAAACCUUCAGGACACGUACGUUGCACCCGAAUGUACACGAUCGAUCGAUGUUAAUUACGUUUACCGAAAUGCUGCGUCGAGAACAAAGACGAAAGCUGGAGCUGUUCGGAAAGUGAUCGCUCCUGUGUUUUACGCAGCCCUCCGUCUUCAUCGUUUUUCAUUCAUAAUCGAGAGACACCGAAUCAUCCUUCGCGGUUCGAACGAACAUAGAAGAAAAUGAACCUUUGUCUAUUAAUUUUAUCACACGAAGUGGAAGUUCGACGUUUCGUCGCAUUUGAACCAAGCUGAUCGAAGCCACAGUCUAGUCAAUUACGAAGUCCGAAUUGUUCGUGUCGCGAGUACGCGCUCAAAGCAACGAAUGUCUCAUAGGAUCGCUUCAUUUUUACGCGUUUAAAUGGACUUUUUUACACUGCUACUUUUUGCCUUUUAACACGUUGAUUGUCACAUCCACAUGCGAAUUCAUAACCCGUACACUUCGAUUCACCUAAUUAGAAAUUCAUAGUAGAUACCUGGAAUCAUGCAUAACAGCAAAAUAUUACAAACACAGUGAAUAAAAUUGAUUAAAAUUCAGCAUGUAGACUAACGAAAUUAACAGUUUCGGUGUAGCGAUCAAUGUGUUAACGGCGCUCUUCCAAUCAUUUUUGCUAAGAACCAACACGAGUCGAUGACGAUAAACGAGUUACACGUGCACAGUAUCUUGUCUAAGUUGUACAACGAAAUGUGUAUUUUAGACGUUUGGGUUAGAUGAAACGCGCAGAUGUACACCAGGCGAAUAAAAUUUCGCUGGGACAGCGUGCACGAAGGCGGCUGAUCUGAUUAGAAGAACAUGGCCUUAAAAGUGAGUCGAAU